ACUCUGGGUGACACUCCCAGUAAGUGCAGGUGAAUUGGAACGUACGCUGUGCGAGGUUCUGAACUCCAAACCCCAGCACACCUCUGAAAGGGAUCAAGAUCAAGGACAGCAUGUCACUGAGGUGCAAACAGACAGCAGCCCUGUGUAUGAAAAGUAUUGGCCCGAAGCUCAUUCCUUUCCUGAAAACCUACUGCAUAUACUUUGUGCUGUGGCUUCCCACUUCCAACCCGACCUGGUUCAGCGCGUUAAUUAAAUGCCUGCCUGUCCUAAGCCUGGGUUUCUUCGUGCUGGCGCACAGCAUCAGCCAGGGGGUGUACCGACCCUACGCCAAGAAAGUCCUGGUUGCUCUCCUUUUCUCGGCACUCGGUGAUGUGUUCCUCACGUGGGGCGACCAAGGAUUCUUCAUCCACGGAAUGUUGAUGUUUGGAAUCUCGCAUUUACUGUACACCUGGGCAUUCGGACUACGGCCGCUGAAGCUCUGGAUUGCUCUCAUGUUGCUGUCGCUGGGUGUGGUCUACUACGUUGCAGUCUACUCGUACCUGCGAGGCCCCAUGAUCUACGCCAUGGCGGGUUACGUCGUGGUGCUGGGCAUGAUGAGCUGGAGAGCCCUGGCACGCAUGGCUUGCUCUGAUUACGAGCGAACGUGGGGCCGGAGGUGCACGGCAGCGGGAGCUGUACUGUUUGUCGGCUCUGACCUGGUGCUGGCCAUCGACAGGUUCUGCUUCACCGUGCCUCAUGCCCGCGCCGUCGUCAUGUCAACCUAUUAUGGCGCCCAGAUGCUGAUCUCUCUGUCAGUCGCCGAGCAGAGUGAAUCGGAGAUGCUCUGGAAGAGGAACUGAAAUGAGGGAAUCUCAAACCAACUGCAAUGGAUCAAAGAGACUCAAAGCAGGAGCUGCACAGUCCAAACCAACAUCACAUGAAUCAUGCCAGUCAAUAAGAAAUCUUUGUAAUAUGAAUUAAUCCUCUGUUAUAAAUUAAAACAUUAACUUUGUGAA